AUGGUGUCUGCUCGCUUCGCCACACUCAUCCUGGCCGCAGGCCUUUGUGUCAGCGGAGUCCUCUCUGCCUCCCAGGCUAAUAUCGAGGACUUCCCAAGCAUAGCCCAGAUUGAGACAGGCUUUGGACGCGUAUGGCUUCAGACCUGUGUUGGUACCGUCAUCACCAACUUCCACGUCCUCACCGCUGCUCAUUGCCUGGUCGGAACUGCCCUCACCCCCCGCGUCAGCCGUGUGAGAGUCGGUGCUGAAGAGCGUGGUCGUGACGGAGAAGUUUACGCUGUCCAGAGCAUCAUCAGACACCCCGACUACAGCUUUAAAAGCUUCGACAACAAUGUCGGCAUCCUCCGCCUCCAAGCUGCUCUGACCUUCGGCUCCAAAGUCCAGAUGGCUAGCAUCACCGCUAGCGGUCUUGUGUUCCCUGCUAAUGUUCCCGUUGUCCUGGCUAGCUGGGGACGUACUGCUCAAGAUGUGAUCUGGUCUGACCGUGACUUGUACAGCAACCAGCUGUACACCGUUGACCACAGCGCCUGCGUUGAGAAGUACGGAUCUCUGCGGCUCCCCAUUGAAGUGACCGACAACAUGGUCUGCGUCAGCUCUGCUGCUGCCGCUGGUACUCACUUCGGUGUGAGAGACGGUGGUGCUCCCAUCUUCUACGACGGUAUCCUGGUUGGUUUCGUCUCAUUCGGCAGUCCCUACGGUGAAAACUACCCCUUGGUUGCCACUGGCGUGUCUCCAUACUCCGACUGGAUCGUCGCAAACGCUGUUUAA